AUGAUCCCAAGCAGUUCUGACUUUAGACAACUUGAUGUUGAAGACAACUACAACAACAUUGUCUCAGUCACAAGUCAUCGUCCAGAAUCGUGGAGAAUAACAGGCCAUGCACAAACUCACGUCUAUGGGCCUCUUCCUCUCGAGAAGAAGAGGGCGACUGAGUUGAGGAAAAAAAAGGCGGGGGAAACAAAAGUUAAAAUAGAUCGUAGCAAACCCAUUCUUGUUGAGGCAAUUGAUGAAAACCUAGACAUACAACACGGAUCUUCUGCUUCCAUAUGUUUUCGCAUUGCCGAUUUAGGUUGUUCAAUCGGACCAAAUACAUUCACCUCAGUGAAGAACCUAAUCGAAGCCAUAAAACAAAAACACCAAAUCGAAGGCCAGACCACUCGCAUCCCAGAAUUUCAAGUGUUCUUCAAUGAUCAUGUUGACAAUGAUUUCAAUGCUCUUUUCACCAACUUCCCACCAGAUAGGCCAAACUUCGCAGCCGGAGUUCCAGGUUCUUUUCAUAGCAGACUGUUCCCAAAGGCCUGCCUUAAUUUUGUUGACUCUGCAAAUGCACUACAUUGGCUUUCUCAUGCUUUUAAUAAGGGGAGGAUUUACUACACAAAUGAACAUAAGGAAGUUGGUGAGGCUUAUUCAAAGCGAUAG